AUGUGGUUGUGGCUGGGUCGUGGCGGUUGGAGCCAGACGCGUUCCGUCACGCGUGACACAACGCGUCGACCGUCUUGCGGCCGAUAUCUCUCGCAUUUGGCAGCCGAAUUAACAGCGCCGGUCAACCUGCAAUAUGACAAGCUUGUGCCGAAGGAUGGGAAUGCGACGGAGAGACCGCUGGUCAUCUUGCAUGGCCUGUUCGGAAUGAAGAGGAACUGGCUUUCACUUUCGAAAGCAUUCCUCCGGGACCUAGACAAACCAAUAUACGCGCUAGAUUUGCGUAACCACGGGACCUCCCCUCAUGCGCGACCCAUGAACUAUGCCGCCAUGGCUGUAGACGUCUUGCACUUCUUACGCACACACUCCCUCACGAAUGUCUCUCUGCUCGGUCAUUCGAUGGGAGGGAAGGUUGCGAUGUCUGUUGCGCUCAGCCCCGAGUGCCCACAGGACCUCAAGCACCUCAUUGUUGCGGACAUCUCGCCCGCGAAAGGUCCCCUCUCGCCGGAGUUCAGCGGAUAUAUUGAAGCGCUGAAGAAGAUCGAAUCUAGCCAAGUGACGAACCGGAAGGAAGCACAGGACAUCCUGAAGCCAUACGAACAAGAUGCAAUGACCCGCGCGUUCCUCCUCACGAACCUCAAGCAUCAGGGACACGAGCAUCUUCCGCUCGAAUUUCAGAUACCCCUGGAGAUCAUCGGCGACAGCAUACCUGAUAUAGGCUCCUUCCCGUAUGAACCCGGUGAGCGGACUUGGGAAGGCAGCACGCUCUUUAUCAAAGGCACGAAGAGCAAGUACAUCAACGACCGUAACAUACCCGUCGCUAAGCAGUUCUUCCCGAAUAUGGUGCUGGAACAUCUGGAGGCCGGCCACUGGGGUGAGUGA